CUCCAUGGAGACCGAACUCACAGAAGAGUACUCAAUAUAAGCAAACUAAUCAUCUCUCUGGAAAAAUCCCAACUGCAAAGAAGAUUAAUCAAGUUAUGGGAAGUCAUGUAAUUGAUCAUAUUGACAUGAUCAGCAGUUUACCAGAUGAGGUACUCUUUCACAUAAUCUCUUUGCUUCCCUUCGAAUCUGCAAUACAAACUGUUUUUCUUUCGUCGCGGUGGAGACUCCUCUGGAACCUGGCAUUAAUUCAGCAUGGAAGAAAAGAAGAUGUUGCAGGAGCAGUCUCUGGAUUUCUUGUCAAUUUCAACGAGCAAGAUCCAACAAAGAACAACCGAAAACUCAAAUUUCAUUUCGACAAAGGGCAUGUCCUAUUAGCCAUUAUUGCACCCAAUAACAAACUCCAUCUUGAUUUCUCUUCAGGCAACCAAGAAAUUUUCAGGAAGUAUGGUUGGGAGUUAGAGCUUAAUCAACCAAAUCUGACCCUUCAGCCAACCCCUUCAACUUUCUUUGUCAAGUCUCUUUAUUUGAUCUCAGUAAAUCAUCUUACCAACGAGGCAGUUUCCUCCAUGGUUUCAAAUUUCCAGUUUCUUGAGAAUUUGAAGAUCAUAGAGUGUAGUGGGUUACGGUCUUUCAGAAUUGAAUCCACUAUAAAGCUUCUUCAUUUGACUAUCUUUGAUUGUCCAAUGCUGCAAUCUCUCCACAUAAAAUCUUUCAAGCUCAAAACUUUUCGGUAUCGAGGAUUGCUGCCUUGGAUUAAGCCUGAGUACCAUUUUAACCUGGCUGAUGCCAUGUUUGAUUCCAGAGCAGGCCCUGGUUAUACCACCUUCAGUAGUUGUGAUUUUGAUGGAGUCCUACUCACAAUCAAGAAUGCUGAAAUUCUUACACUUUGCAAAUGGUUUUUCAAGGAAUUAGUCUGUCCUUCGCUCUCCUCGUUUCGAUCAGAUUUUCAGUUCUAUAAAUUGAAAGAGUUAUGGUGGAUUGAUACUUCGACCCAAGAUUACAACAACGAUGCUCUAAUCUCCUUCUUGAAGCUCUGUCCUUCGUUGGAGCGACUUUUUGUUACUAUUGAUCCUAAAGGCUACAGAACAGAAAGUGGUACUGUUACAUGCUCAAAACAAGUAGGCAAGCACACAAAAUUGGGACACCUUAAAGUGGUCAAGUUAGAGGGAUUUACAAGUCAAAAGAAUGAGAUUUUGCUGGCUGAGCAUUUGCGGGGCAUACUCGCAGUGGAGCCCCAGAUCUUGGCGAAGGCGGAUGGGGAUGAUCGUGUCCGGAGUUUGGAGAGAAAGUCAGCCCAAUCAUAUGACAGAAACUUUUGUUUCAAGUUUGUUGAGAUGGAAGAUGUCAAAGAUUUUUGUCCAAAGCAUUCUCACAUGCGUGUCUAG